UUCUUAAAAACGUAUGUUCUCUGAGACAUUUCUCGCCCACUCCUGCCUGUAUAGAGGGGUAUCAUGCGCAGGGGAAACCCGUCAGUGUGAUGUCAAAGCGGGCCGGUGGAGAGGCGGGUCUGAGGAGCGCAGGACGGCCAGCUCCACAGCGUGUCUUAGCAAAAUGAAACAUGGAUGAGGUCGACGAAAGUUGGGAGGAAGCUGCUGAUAGUGGGGAAAUGGAAAAACGGUUAGAAGAGAAGCUAAGGAUCAGCCAGAAAGAAAAGGAGACCAGUAAUAACUCUUUGCGAUCUCCGCUGAAAACAACCAUGGUGAUACAGGACGACUCCCUCCCAGCAGCCCCCCCUCCUCAGAUACGCAUUUUGAAGCGGCCUACGAGUAACGGGUCGUUCGGAUCGCCCUCGAAUCAGAACCGGCCUACCCCACAGGUCAAGUCUCUGGCCCAGCGCGAGGCAGAGUACGCCGAGGCCAGGAAGAGAAUACUGGGCAGCGCCUGCCCAGAGGAGACGCCUCAGGACAAACCCAACUCUGACAAGGCCGGGCGCAAUAACUCUACACUGCCUUCAGAGGACACCCGAUCAAACAAUCACACUGUCCGGCAGCCAGUCAGCCCAGACGGCACCCAAGGGUUCCGGCAGCACCGAUAAGAAAGCUCUGCGGCCACCCAACAGCUGAGGGGAGAGAGACCAGGAGCCACCAGAGCAAAGACAGCGCUUUAUUCUUCAAACUGCCUUCCUUCAGCUCCAUUAUAUCGGAUGGGCUGCGAGGAACCACAGGAGGAAGUGGAUUGGAAAUGUGCUCUCUUCUCCCCUCACCCGAGUCUGUUUGACACUGUGAUUAUGGACUUAUUCUGGACUCACUGUGAUGAUCCUUUAAGAGACGCCCCUCGCCUCCAUCUCUCUACUCCUUCAGCGGCUCCAUCUCAGGACGCCCACAAGGCAGAAGCGAAGACUUUAAACAUAGAAGGGCAGAGAGCAUGAGAGGUGACGGGCCAUAGCAAAAUGAGAUGAGCUGGUAUUCGGGCAGCAGCUUUUCCCCAGUAAUAAUACCAGUCAUCACUUCUCACACCUUUUUACAAACAUGUUUUUAAUUUGAAUCUUUUUUUUUUGCUCGUCUUUAAUUAUCUAUACUAGGGAUGCUUUGAUAUCUACAGACAUACACCAUUAAAACUUGGGAUUAAACAAUCAAUAUUGAGAUUCACUUUAUUAUAAUCCUGCAGUAUUUAUAGAAUAGGAAACGGUCAAAUGUUUUCACCAUUGGUGAAAUAGUCUGAGUUUUGGUUUGUCUUUCAAACAGAGGCCCCAAAGGCUACAGCUUGGGGUGUCAGAUGUCCUGCAGACAGUGAACUCACCACUGAAGCAGACUACUUCACUGGUACCUGAGCUGUUAGCAUUAUCAGUGCACCCCUAAUAUAUAAAUUGCCAUUUGUUUUUAAACACUGAGGGUAAGGGUCACGUGUCGGGUUGUAUAUCUGACCGGUUCUGUUUACGGUUUGUCUUUUGUUAGUUUUUUAAAUUAAGCUUUUCAGCUGUCUUCCCUCGACUGUCACAGCAUUAUUUCUAUUUAAAAGUAAAAACAAAAAAAGAAGAUGAAUGGAAAGGAAAUUGGGGGUUUGUCUGUUUUUAAGUAGCUUUUCUGCCUUUUUUUUACAAGAUGGUAGCAAUGUCAGUAUUUUAAUCGAAAUGAACCAAAAUCCCAUUUAAAAACAAUCCACCUGUAAAUGUAUAUGAGUUUAUUCAGAUGUCAUUAUUCGAAGGUGGCGUUGGCAGCAUCUCCAGGAAAGGUUGGAUCGGGGAAUGCAUUUACUGCUGUACAUCAAGCCUCUCCGUCCUAUCUCCACCUCGUCAGCGGCGGUGCUCGUUUAAUCUUGUCCCUCGCUGAUGCACAGUAUGCAGGAACUCGGGUGCAAGUGAACGAGACUGAAUGAAUGAAAUGAACUAAGAUUGUAUUUUUCCAGCGGGUCCGACGGCUCAAACAGCAAAAUGUCCGUAUUAAAGCUCGGGUUGUUAAAAUAAUGUGCUAUACAGUGAAAUGAAACGAUGUCCAUGUCCCAAGUUGAAUGAAUGGCAGUUAAUUUGUUUUUG